AUGUUGCUGUUAGCUAUUAUACUGUUAAAUUAUAGAAAUGUUGUUUCAAUACCAUCUAAAUUAACAAAUAUACAUAAUAAUUUUUUAUUUAAUUUGUAUAAUGUAAAUAAAUUUUCUACUGCAAAUACAUUAUUAAAAAGUAAAGAUCGAUAUAAAGAAAAAAAAAAAGUAAUACAUGUUAAUCUUGAUGAAAUACGUGAUAUUAUAAAAGUAGAUCAUAUGAUAUCACGUUUUGAUGGCACAAUUGAAAAAUAUAAAGAUCAAAUGAUAAAAAAUCUACCUUUACGCACAAGAAUAGGUGCUAUAGAACAAUUAACUAUAACAUUUGAAGAUGAAGAACAUAAACUUGAAGAGCUUGUAGAAAUUAAUCGUAAACCUAAUAUGAUAAUAUUAAAUGUAUCUGCAUUUCCACAAAUAGUUCCAAGUAUUUUAGAGGCUUUAUCAAAAUCUCAAAUGAAUUUAAAUCCACAACAAGAGGGUACAACUAUUUAUAUUCCAAUUCCUAAAAUUACAAAAGAACAUAGAGAAGUUUUAACAAAAAUGGCAAAACAAUAUUUUAAUAAAUGCAAAGAUAUUAUUAGUGAUAUAAGAAAUGAAUAUGUUAAGGAGUUGAAAAAUUAUGAAAAUGCACCAAAAGAUUUAAUUUUUAAAGCUGAAGAUUAUAUAAAUGUGACACAAAAAGAGUACGUAAAAAAAGCAGAACAAUUAUUAAAAUCAAAACAAAAAGAACUUUUAGGAGAAUAAUUUUAAUUUUUAUAU